AUGCUCCAGUUCUAUGCAAUUGCCAGAAGUCUCUCGGUAGUAUCAGUUGCUGCACAACAUAACCUGAGGGUUGCUCCGUUCUCAACCUCUCACUUUGUUCUUGGUAUCAGACCACUUGGCCCAAAAUGUCAUGUGCCAGAUUUUUCGGGGACGGCAUUAGUUAACGGCGAUUUUAAGACAAUUUCUGCGAAGGACUACAAAGGCAAAUGGUUGAUCGUCUUCUUUUAUCCGAUGGAUUUUACUUUCGUCUGCCCGACCGAAAUCAUUGCCUUUAAUGACAGAGCCGGUGAGUUUGAGAAAUUGAAUGCAGGAGUUGUCGCCUGCAGUUGUGACUCCCAAUUUUCUCACCUUGCGUGGACUCAGGUACCACGUAAUGAAGGCGGGCUUGGUGAUAUGAAGAUACCGAUUCUUGCCGACUUCAACAAAAAGAUUGCCGAGUCUUUUGGAGUGCUUUGCCCAGAUUCAGGAGCAGCCUUCCGUGGCUUGUUUUUAAUUGACCCGAACGGCGAAAUUAGACACACUCUUGUUAAUGAUUUUCCCGUCGGACGCAGUGUUGAUGAGGCGUUGAGGAUCCUAAAAGCUUUCCAGUUCGUGGAGAAACACGGCGAAGUUUGUCCUGCUAACUGGGAGGAAGGUGAAGCGACCAUUAAACCGGAUGUGGAAGGGUCGAAGUCGUACUUUAGUAAAGCGAACCAUUAA